UAGUGGCAACGGUGGUAAUCACCAACCAGUAACGUUAUUCAAAGGUUAUGUUUGUAGAGAUCACCGUACUCUGAAAAGUUCUUUAAUACGAAGCUGUUUCAUUACGUAGUUUAUCGAGCACGCCCUUAAAACAGCGGUUAUCUUCAGUGAUAAAAUACGUUAUUCGGAGUUAGAUUUGCCAAUAUAUUCUACUUAUAAAAGGUGAAUUUACUCAAAAUGAGAAAGUCUUACAGUGAUGUGCUGAACAAAUCCGCAUCACGUGCGAAGAAUUCUACCCACUUGAAUCCAAGUGCUCAUGAAUUUGUACCAAAAUCAAAUGAUUCUUGGCCACGAGUAAACAGCCAACACAUGCAUGACAAUGUUCCAUCUCAACCCGUUAUGAAUGCCCCAAGUGCUGCAGUAAAUCCAAGUCUACAUCUAGAGAUUGAUGAACCAAAGAUCAAGGAAACGGACACAAAUUAUUCAUCAGAUGGAAACAGAUUCGAUAGGAGACGCGAUGCUGGUUAUGAAGAAAAGAAAAGAGAUUCGGGUUACGUUACAAAGAAUCGAGGAAAAUCAGGGAAUAGUUCUGAAAAGAGCCAAACCUUUUACAACAAAAAAACAGAAAAUUGGCGACGUAGAGAAAUUAGCAAAGACCAAAGCGGUGAUAAUAGGCUUGAAUUCGUACUGCCACAACCUCCACGCAGAAUGGAAAAGGGGCCAAAAAAUGAAGAUCAUAUGGAAAAUCCACAAACGCUAAUAAAAAAGACACACGCUUCUAAGAAGCAGAGGUCUGAUUCAGAUAAAGUUGUCAGCAAUCAUGCAUGCGACCGCUAUCCUGGUCCUAAUACAGAAAAUAUUGAGGACGAUUGGCAUACACAGAAUUCUAACUCUACUCCUACUACUACAUGUAAAACUUUAGGGGUAAGUCCUCAAAAAGAUUUAUCGGAAUAUCCAAAGGAAGUCGAGCGAAAUGCAGGCGCGUCUUUGACAAACACUUUUAGUGGUCGAGAAAAAGAACGCAAAAAAGACAAUUUUACCAGAGCAGAGAGCUCUUCAUUCCCCUUACGAAGUAACGAUCGGAGCAUUACAGAAUCCAAAAACGAAAAAUUUAGAAGUAGGCAUUCCUCUUCGUAUCUGGAACGAGACAGAUCUCUCGAAAAGACUCGCAAUAAGACGAGAUGGUCUACCAGUGCAUGUGCGGAAUCGGACAAGGAAAAAAUGGAAGGAGACGCGUUGUUCGAUUAUUGGAAAGCGAAAUGGCGCUCGAUAAACAGCUCUCAAGAUAAAGUAGUGCACGAAAUAUUCGGCGAUUUGUUUGAGCAACCAAAGGAAUAUUCACUGGCCCACUGCGUUGCUGAAGAUUUGAGAAUGGGUAGUGGAAUAGCUGUUUCUUUCAAACGCGAAUUUAAAAACCUACCGGAGUUGUUUGACCAGAGAGCCAAGCAAGGCGGCUUAGCAACGUUCUAUGAUGAAAAGAACAAGAGGUUUGUGUAUUACCUGGUCACCAAAAAAGAAUCUACUGGAAAACCGACUUAUUUCACCUUGUGGAAGUCCUUGUGUAAGAUGAGAGACCAUGUGAAGGAGAAUAAAGUGGAAAAGAUCGCUAUACCCAGAAUCGGAUGCGGACUGGAUAGGCUGGAAUGGGACAAAGUAAAAUCUAUGCUUAUUACCCUGUUUGAAAAUGUCGAUGUUGAGAUAACAGUAUGCAAUUUCCAACAGGAUGAUCACGAUCAAGAGAAAAAGCCUACGAAAUCCCCACUGGUUACUCGAAAUUCCCAUAUAACAGAAAUCGAAUGUAACACGAUAAUACUGUAUUUUACCACAUGCAAGGGCGAUGAAGACGAAAUAAUGCGCAACUUAUCCGAAAAAAGCAAAUAUUUGCCAGAGUUCAGAAAGUGCAAGCCGAAAGCGCUAGGGGACAUCGUCUACUUUGAAGAUAAUUCUCAAGAAUGGGGCUUAUGCGGUUGUAUUGUUAGAGAAACCAAUUCGUCAGAGCUAAGUUUUAAGAGUUUGUAUAAAUGUAUUCAAAAUAUUAACAAAAAGAACGACGGAUUUCGCGAGAAUAGAUUCGACUACAUUGCCACCCAGUGGGUGAAUUCAAGUUCUUAUCACGACGAGUUAAUUAAUGAAAAAGUCAUCACGAUGUUGACGACUUAUUUGAGAAACGUUAGCGUAUAUGUGUGUCGGGGUAGUUUGGAGAAUAAAAAAAGUAGUUGAGCUUUUUUACAGAGAUAAAACCAAAUACAAUAUUAAUAUCAGGGACGAUAAUCGGUCCAGAACCAAAAACAAGGAAUUGAUCAGUUCAUUUAAUGUAUUCUGAAGCACGGAAACAGUCCAGUUCAGUUACAUGUUAUGUUUUAUGAUUUUAAUUUAGAUUAAUAUAUUUCAAGCGUGUUUAUAAUGAAUAAAUUGGUUAUUAAAACCCAUUAGACUCG